AUGACCACUGUUAAUGGAGCGGUGUCUCUUCCUCUUCCUCUUCCUCCUGUCCUACACAGAGUGCUCAUCAUCACCAGAGGACAAGUGUUUAAAAUCCCAUUGAGGAUAUUUAAAAAUUAUGCCAAAAAUUUAAUCAGUUAUUUAUCAGUCUCUGCUUCUCAGGUGUGUCAGUGGACUAGACUGUGUGAGCUGGAUAUUCCCUCUGCAGUGGAGCAACACUUACAAAACCCUGAAGUCCAGAUGUGUCGACUUCCUGCUGCGAUCAUGAACGUAGAAAAGGGGCUAGGGGAGCCUGUCAAGGUUCACAAUGAUGACAAGAUCCGACAGAGGCUACAACAGCAGAAUAAGGGCGAUUCUCAGCUAAAAGGCCCUAAUAAAGAGAUGGAGAGUUACAUCCAGGUGUUGAGCUCAUUGCUGCUCUGGAGAAAGCUCUCUGCAGAUGCAGUUCCUUCUCCCUCCACCAGGGAGCGCUCUGACGUCAGGAAGAUCAAGACCACAGCUCUGCCAGAGCUGGAGAAUGUGUUUGCAGAAGGACUCUAUUUCACUCUCACUGAUGUCGUCCUGCUGCCCUGCAUCCAUCAAUACCCUAAAACAAACAAAUCGAAAGCAGUUUUUAUCUCAUUACUUAUAAAUCGAAAUUCUUUACAAAGAGAUCCAGUCAUUCAUUCGUUUUAGCCACAGGUGCUUUCAAGUUAUAUCAAACGCAGACGUCCCUUGUCCCUCUUUGACUUCUCCUACUUAAAGGUGAUUCUCUCAGUCCUGCAUUUGAUAAGGCCAGCAGUUUCCAUUGCAAUUGAAAUGGAUGAGUGUUGCGUGGGACGGUGAAUUAGAUUCUUUGCGCUGCGAUGUCCCUGAACUCUUUCAGUCUAAGAGCUUGACGCAGUCUGACAUCAGUGUUUGUCAGACUAUUACUCUUGAGAAGUAGAAAAUCUGUGGCAGUGCAUUUAAUAAAGGCCUGUUCUCGUCAAGAGUGUUAGCUAUAAGGAUGACUGCAUUAGUGACUACACCAACAGAGGUUAACAGUCAGAAUGUUAUCUGUUGGUGGAGAUACGCUAAUAAAAUAAAGCAAUAGACAGCAUUAUUUUGGUUAUAUCACCUGCCAAACAAUAACAGUAUAACUAUAAAGUUUUUAAUAACAAAUAUGAAUAUUUUGCAAUAAACUUAAAGGGGUCACUGGAUGCCCAUUUUCCACAAGUUUAUAUGAUUCUUUAGAAUCUUAAUAAUAAUUUAUUUAUUGUCAUUGCUGCAGAACAACAAUAUUACAUUAGAGCAUUAGUCGACAGUGCAGUUCCAUACAAUGCAAAUGUAUAGGAAUGUAAACAGUGUGAUGAUAAUAAAGUCCAACAUUAUUAUCAGCAGUUGCACAUUAUGUAGACAGGACAAUAUGAAUUUGGCAAGGAAAUACAGUGGAUGCAGUAGUAACCAAAAAUAUGUGUAUUGUUGUUGUGUGUGCUGCAGCAGUGUAAAGUCCAGUGCACAGUUAUUGCAGUUGUUGGAGAAUGGUGCAUAAUGAAUAUGAAUUGAGUGGGUGGAGAGGGGAACAGUGUUUGUUCAGCAGUCUGACUGCCUGGGGAUAGAGGCUGUUGGCAUUCUGGUGGUUCUGGCCUGAAGGGACCUGUACCUCCUACAAGAGGACAACAGGUGGAAUAAACUGUGUGCCGGGUGAAACCGGUCUCUAGUGAUGCUGUUUGUCCUACGCAGGCAGCGGGAGGUGUACACAGUAGAGAUCUCUGGGAGGACAGUCCUGAAGAUUUUACCAGCUGUUUUCACCACCCUCUGAAUCAUCUGCUGUUCAACUACAGUGCAGAAUGACAACCACACUGGCAGCCCAUAAGUACGCACACUUUGAAUUGCACAACUGUAGAAAUUUAUCAUGAACCUCUGGGGGAGUUUGACUCUUUUCAGCUUCCCCGGGAAGCUGCUGGGCCUUCCCUACAGCUAAGGUGAUGUUACUGCCCCAGGACAGAUCCUCUGACACAGUGAGACCCAGGAAUUUGAAAUGGUUCCCCCUCUCUACUACCUCUCUGUUAGAGAGACUACCUCUAGAUUUAACCAGAAUUUAACCAGAAUGGUUAAAUUUACCAAAGUCCACUAUAAUUUAUUUGGUCUUUUGUGAUGUUAAGAUGCGGAUUGUGCUCUUUACAUCACCCUGCCAAUAGUUAAAUCUCCUCCCUGAAUGCCGUCUCGUUGUUUGUUAUGAGGCCGAGCACAAGUGUGUCGUCUGCAAAUUUAAUGAUGUGAUGAGAGGGGAAGGAGGUAGAACAGUCGUGUGAAGAGUAGUGGACUGAGCACGUAACCCUGAGGGGCACCAGUGUAGAUGUAUAUGGUGUUUGAAAUGUGCUCGCUUAUUUACACACAUUGAGAGGGGUUGGUUAAAAACUCCACUAUCCAGUUACAUAAUGAAUUGUUCAGUACAAGUACAUGAAUUUUAUUUAUUUUUUGUAUCCUGAGAGAGAUUGAGAAGGGUCCUCAAUCCUCAAACUCGGGACAACAUAAAGCGCCGCCUCGCUGCCCACAAGGCUAUCACCGCUGACUCCUGAUUUCAGUUUUGACUUGAGUUUUAUAAUGUUGUGAUUCACCUUGUAAAAAUUAAGCUCAAUGGAUAGCAUUUAUGGCAUAAUGUUGAUUACUCAUUCCUCAUUAUCUUAAAAAAAUAAAGAUAUAGGAUACAGUACAGCGCAGUAUUUACACUUUACUGAAACAGUAAAAAUAUAUGAAGUUACACACCAAUAUACGACUAUACUGUUUCAGUGGUGUAUCCAUACAACCUAAACAUGUAUUUUGGCAUAAUCUUAAUGUGAAAGAGUCACUUGCAAAAUGUUUUUGCUAAAUCCAGUUUGACACCAUACUGUGAUAAACCCUAAAAUCUGUUUCAAAGAAUAAUUUAUGUGCCUUUGUAAAAUUAUAAGCUUCAAAUUUCUGCUUUUAAAUCGAUCAAAAAAUGGCCCCAUUAAUUUCUAUUGUAAAUUGCCUAACUGUUCUCUCCAGUUUGGUUUUGUGAAGAAAAGAGGGAUGCCCUGAAAUGACUUAAUGCCACACAUAUGGUUGAGUGAACAUACAGCAAUUUAAUAUCCCCUUAAUGCUUUUUAUAAUUUUAUUUCAAUUUUGAUGAUUUACAUUUUAAUUAGUCAUACAUGACUGCUAUUAUUGCUCAUCCCCAGGGUUGUGGACAAGAAUGAUACCUUAAUGUAUUCUAGACAUAGAUCUCCACACCACAGAUGUAGUAUGAAGUGAUGGGAGCAGAAUAUCACAGAGGCUUUGUCCCUUCAGAAACCCUGUGGUGUGUCUUUAAGAUCUCCCUCCAAAAGCACACCCACUCCACCCUUUCCCAUCUCCCCUUGCUGCUGAGAUUGUACCAGCGUGUACAGGAGUUCCCCAGUGUACUGAGGGCUGCAAAGGAUUGUGGGAUGUCCCUCCUCAGUCUCAGCCCGGUUGACCCUUGCCCUCCCCAUCCGGAGGCCCUACGACCCAGUGGAGCAGAGCAGGAAGGGCCGAAACUCAAGCAAGAGGCUUUCAUCGGUGGCCUGCGGCCAACUCUCUCCAAACUGCAAGAGGAACCGCUGAUUCAGGCCAUAACCUCCUGUGCAGUCUUCCGCCUGCUUAUUCAAUUUCCCACCACUUCCAUAGCAGACCUGCUGAUUUACCCAGCAUCUCACCGGCCCACAAACUCAGGCAACACUUCAUCGGUGCAGAAAUCUGCAGAUAAUGAGUAGAGAGCCCACAGUGGUCUCAUACACUUUUGCUGUACAACUCCCACAGGAGUGGCAAACAGAGUAACAACGCUAGGUCUCUUCUCUGUCUGUCCCGGACCACAAUCCUGCAGUCGGGUCCCCAGCAGGAGAAUGGGAUAGAUGCUGUUUAGGCUGCUCACCCUUGCCCUUCAUGGACAGUUGAUUGGGAGAGCCUACCGCCAGCUGUCAACCCCACUCAUUUGAAAUUGUAAUCCACUAAGCCUGACAGGUAAUAUACUUGUGAAUGAAAUAACAGUACUGCUGCGCUUCCUUGGUUUCCUUGAUUUCAUUUUCAACUGUUUCUGCUUCACACAGCGCCUACAAAGGAUCUGGCUUUGAUAUGAUUUCAACAAUCGAUGUAGUGACAGAUUUAAUGCCUAAGAUUGAUGGGCAUAGAAUAAGUAAAGUAAAAACAGUUUUGGAGCAUUUUUGUCUCCUACAUAUUUGCAAUGCUUUGACUUUUUGAAAGUAAAUUAUUGCCAUACUUGUAGAAAUGUGUUUCUGAGCAGAGAAUAUUCAUGUGCUGGGGUCUUAACUAGCUUGGACAGCAGGCAGCUGUUUUUUUUUUCACCAGGAAUGAGUGAGAUGCCAAUCACCUCGCACAGACCAUCGAGUGAGCUCCGUGGAGAGACAGAAAUCCAGUUCGUUUAAAGAGUCUGGGAACAAUCCUCAUCAACCCACGCCCCUGAGAGCAUCAUUUACUUGAGUCAUAAGACUACAUACAAUUCUGGUUGGUAAGAUUUCAGACGCCUUUGCCAUGCGCAGACAACAGCAUCUCAACAACCUGGUUGCCAUGGUGAUGCAGCUGGCCCGCCCUGGAGGGGGGGGGGGCAUGGUAAGUUACCCUCUGACAUUUUAAAAAUGUCUUGGACUUGAUUCUGUUUUCUUCCGAGAGUCUGUCUGUGUGUCAGUAAGCAUCUGUUUUCCUCUCAUGUAAUCUUAGGGAGUGCUCUUGUUAUUCUGUGCAUACUGUACAUAUAAACCCUGUGAGCAACAGGUCAAUAUUCCGAUGGGCGUCUGUGUUCCCGUCAGCAGACUUUGAUCUGAUGAGCUCUUUAAAGAUCUCCUGCAGCUUUCUCUUUCUUUGUUUUCUUAGGGGCACGUUGGGAUUGUUUUGGCGCACACGCUUCCUAAAUGUCAGGUUAUUAUCAUUGAAAAUACAGAGGCAUCUUUGGUCAGGGUCAGAGACAGAAGCACUCAGCUCGGAUUGACAAACAUCGGCUUCAUCCAGACAAACCUCGACUAUUUCACUGGGAUCUUCAGCUUUGGGGUGGCCCUGCAUGCGUGUGGAGUGGUGACAGACACGGUGUUGGAUCGCUGCCUCCAGGCACUGGCGGGGAUUGUGAUUAGUCCUCGCUGCUAUGGGUUCAUUCAAAACACACUCAAGUUCAACUUUCCCAAGAGGGAAGCGCUGUAUGGGACUGGUGGACUUGGAACGUAGCUGGGCUGCAGAGACUCAUGGGUAUUCUGAUGACCAUGGUCCCCAGGGGUUGCUCGCCAAUGAAGAAUAUGCUGGUGGGGAUAUGGACAAGAUAACACUGACUCACGAGAAAUACCCACAUCAUGUCAGGACUACAAAUACCUCCUUGUUUUUCAUGCACGUUACUACUCGAGUGUUUACCUUGGACAGUUUAUAUUUGUAUGCAUUUCAUUUAAAGGGAUAGUUCACCCAAAAAUUAGAAUUUGACAUCAUUCUGACCUCAUUUAUUUAUUAUUUUUUCUUUUUCUGUGAGAAGAUUUUAGUCACUGUUUUCAGUACAGCAAAAGAGUAUGUUGAUUUGAACUGACAAAAGAAUGCAUCCUACAGAAUUGAUGCUUUUUUGUGCCUUUGGGAAUUUAACCAUUUAAAUCACCAUGCACUUUUCUUUUUAAUGCAGAGCACAAUCCUUGAGAUCGUUCAUCUUUUAUGUUUGACAGAAGAAAGUAAGUAAUACCGAUAUUGAAUGACAUGAUUGGUUGAACUUUUUAAUUGUUUUCCUCAAAUUGCUUUCCAAAAGCAUGGAUUGCUGUGAAUUAUGGUUUGAUCUAAUUGUGCAAUCAGUAUAUUUAGUUUUUCUUUUAUUUCAGAAUGCUUUUAUUUUGGGAAGUCGUGGCCUAAUGGUUAGAGAGUCGGACUCCCAAUCGAAGGGUUGUGAGUUCUAGUCUCGGGCCGGCAGGAAUUGUGGGUGGGGGGAGUGCAUGUACAGUUCUCUCUCCAUCUUCAAUACCACGAUUGAGGUGUCCUUGAGCAAGGCACUGAACCCCAACUGCUCCCCGGGCGCCGCAGCAUAAAUGGCUGCCCACUGCUGUGUGUGUGUGUGUGUGUGUGUGUGUGUGUGUACACACACACUUUGGAUGGGUUAAAUGCAGAGCACAAAUUCUGAGUAUGGGUCACCAUACUUGGCUGAAUGUCAUGUCAUGUCACUUUUAAUCUUGACUUCAUCUAAACAUUUAACAAAUAAAAAGUGUUUUUUUUUUUUA